AUGAUCUAUCAUGCUUAAAAUAUCCAAUCUAUUUUCAAAUUUUCAAUAGCUCUACUUUUUAGUGAAAUAAAAUAAAAUUUAUCUCAAUACAACUGUAAUAGUUCUACUAUACCUAUUAUUGAUUGCAUUCUUUAUGCAAUGUUAGAUUACACAGUCAAUAAAAAAGGAGACGUUGGUUUAUUUAUCAGAGAAAACUCAAUUAUUGCUAUCUAAUCUAUUAUAACUAGUUAUGUAGGUUACAUUGAGAGAAAUCAAAUCAAUAAUAUUAUAUUAUAAAUGAAUAAUAUAUUAUAAAAAUUAUUGGAUAAUUAUUAUAGUAAUUAUGCGAAAAAAUUGAUAGAGUGAGGUUAUUAGCUGGAAGUGUUUUGUAAGAUUUAUUUAAAUCGGUGUUACCAAAAUUGUAAUAAUUCGAAAAUUACGAAUAAAUAUCAGCAAUAUUCUCAACUGCUAAUUUAUAAUAGACUAUAAUAAAGGAUUAAGAAAGAGUUGAUCAAAAAUUUUAAAGUGAAAUUAUUGAGGCUGAAAUUAGAAAUCUAAAACAUUUUCUAUAAAAUAUCGGAAAAACAGAUUUAAUUUAUCAUUGGAAUUUACCUCAUUGUUGUUAUAGACAAAUUGUUCCCAUUCUUGCAUAUCCUACAUUUUUUAGAUACAUCCUAACCGGAUUAUGUAUAAGUGUGGGAGGAAUUAGUGAAUCAAUCUAAAAAUAUAGUGAAGAAGCUUUAGUACAAUAUAUCCAUCUGAAUUAAAAUCUUGAUCUCUUAAUGACUAAUUUAAUUGAAAUCCUUAAAUUAUAUGAGUUAGAUGACAGAGUAGUUUUACCUUUAUUUAAAACAGCUUCUCUUGUUUUAUAAAAGGAAGAAAUACAAUCAUUACCUAUGGUUAAAGAAUACACUUAAACGUUGUUUUAGUUAAUAUAUAAAGAAACUCAUAAAAGUUAAUCCAUAAAUAAAUUAGCUGCUAGCGUUUAAUUAACUAUUGAUAUUUUAUCAAUCAAUAUAAUAUUGUUUCAUCAAUUCAUUUAACACAUUUUUAAUAUAAUAACUAGCGAGUAAAUUAUUAGAUUUAUAUUUUUUUAAAUUUACCAAAGGUAAGAAAACAAUUAGCCGAAGCAUUUUACUUGUACUUGCUAUAGUAAAUUAUUUUAGCAAUCAUUCUUAUGAUCUAAGUUUUGUAUUCAACUUGCAUUAAGAUGUAUCUCUUGAUAAUGAAGAUUUAAUAUCUAUGAACAAUUAUUGCUUAUUAUAGGAUUACUUAUUAUAAACUGAUUGGCUAUCUGUAUUUAUUUAAUUUUAUCAUAAUUAGGAGGAGCUAGAUAACAAUAUUGAGUAGUGCAGAAUCUAAUUGAAACAAUUAUUAAAUUUUUCAGUUUAAAUAAAAUAUAAUUUUUUGAAUCUAAUACUCAUCUGA